AUGUCCACCAUUCUUGAAGAUCACCAGCCUCCCGGCCUUACCCGCCUUGGUCCAACAUGGUACCAUGAGAUCCCUUUCUUACCACAUGGAUGGGAGACCACCAAUGAACGAGGAUCCGGGUCGCUGAAACAUGCCGCAUUGAAGUCACUUAUUCGUGACCAGUCAGCACUGAAGCCUGAACUGUUCGAGCAUGUCCCUUGGUGCCUGGCAAAAUACAUCUGGGACGCACUGGGGAGAUGCAACAAACAAACGAUGCACAUGUGGAAAAUCAUGAGCAUUGUGUAUCCGGAACAGUUCCAUGAACUCAGCCGCCACUAUUGUCUCAGCGCAGGCUCUCCAAAAAAGCCACUGGAGGACUACAUGAACAUCCUCAACAACGAGGAUUUCCGCUGGCGAGCCAUGUUGACCAUCGCUACUACGUACUGCUCUGCUGCAGACCUAACGGCAAUCUCGAAAAUCAAAAAUUUAGUCGCAUUGGACGUGUACAGCCAGCCUUACUCGUCCAAAUCCACUCAUGACCAUAUGGGUGUUAACAACGACGGCCUCCCCUUACAGGAUGGAUUUGUACGUGGUUGGAUUGAAUCGAACCAACUACAACAUCUCCGUAUUCUCCGGCUCUACAAUCAACACGAAGUAACCACUUCCGCAUUGAGAUCGCUGCGCGAUCUGCCCGAGCUUCAACUCGUGCUAGCGUACGAAUGCGAAAAAAUCACAAAACACAUCCGGAGAUCAGGUAAGCCUGCGAAUGGUAUUGGAAUCGAUGUCGAAGGCUGGUCUGCCUGUAGACUCGAUUGGCUCUGGGAUAGCGAAAAGAAGACCAAGAGCCUCAACCAUGUCAUGCCUCUGCUUCAUGCGUACGAAUCCAACAUCCAGCCUGCGAAAGAUGGCGAAACUAGACCGUCGUCACUCAGUACCAAGUUGCCGAUCUUGGAAUUCAAGCUUCCAACCAUUGAUCAUAGCAAGAAGGAGAUGUUGGCCAUUCGCUCGAAUUAUAGCUCUAUGUCGAUUUUUAUGUUUACUCGAGACCCUGUGAGGCAGAGGAUAGAUGGUGAGAAGAAGCAGAAGCGUGAGAGGGACCGAAGAGCUUCGGAUGUGCCUGAAGGGAGUCAUCGUCCUGUCAAGCGGGCGGUCAUGAAGGACAGAGGGAUCGACAUCUCGAAGACCUUGAAUGACUUUUUCUGA